GACUGACCGGUGAGAAACAGGAGGAGAAAGACUAGAGGCGGAGAAAGAACAUCGCUUUCCUCAACGAGUCUUCUUCGUGAAGCUCCCCUUUCUGCCGGCGGCGCCCUCUGCUCUUGAGGCUGUGGUAUGAGCCUAUGUGGCAGGAAGGCGCUGACGUUGCUGAGCAGCGUGUUCGCUGUUUGCGGCCUGGGCCUGUUGGGGAUCGCCGUAAGCACCGACUACUGGCUCUACCUGGAGGAAGGCGUCAUCCUUCCCCUCAACCAGAGUACAGAGAUACGCAUGUCCCUCCACUCUGGCCUCUGGAGGGUUUGUUUCUUGGCUGGGGAGGAGAAAGGUCGAUGUUUUACCAUAGAGUAUGUGAUGCCCACUAAUGUCCAGAUGACCUCUGAGUCCACUGUUAGUGUCCUCAAGAUGAUCCGUUCUGCCACACCCUUUCCUCUGGUCAGCCUCUUCUUCAUGUUCAUUGGUUUUGUACUCAGUAACAUCGGACACAUUCGACCCCAUCGCACCAUCCUGGCCUUUGUGUCUGGAAUCUUCUUCAUCCUGUCAGGUCUGUCUCUGGUAGUUGGUCUGGUGUUGUACAUCUCCAAUAUUAAUGACGAAAUGUUGAACAGGACCAAAACUAACGAGGCCUAUUUCAGUUACAAGUACGGCUGGUCGUUUGCCUUUGCUGCCAUCUCCUUCCUGCUCACUGAGACAGCAGGCGUCAUGUCAGUGUACCUGUUCAUGAAGCGCUACACAGCAGAGGAAAUGUACCGGCCCCACCAGGGCUUCUACCGGCCUCGCCUCAGCAACUGCUCUGACUACUCCGGCCAGUUCCUCCAUCCAGACGCCUGGGCCGGGCGUGGCCGCAGUCCCUCCUCCAUCUCCUCUGAGGCCUCCCUCCAGAUGAACUCCUCCAACUACCCUGCCCUCCUCAAGUGUCCAGAAUAUGAACAGAUGUCCUCCUCACCUUGCUGAGGCAGGCGAUGAGUGGUUAUGUGAGCACUACUAUAUGGGUCAUUUUGAUAUGCCUGGAUUUUGGCAUAUAAUUGUCCAAUAAUUUGAUAUUAUCCAGCUUGUAUCACUACAUGCCCCCUCUUCAAGUGUCCUGACUAUGACCUGACUGUCUCUACCCUCCCUACUGCCAAUUUUUUUUUAUUUACACCUUUUGGUUCUGUGGGGAGGAAAAACUUAAGUUGAAGGUUAGCCAGUUCACUUUAUUCUCAGCUAACCUGUCAUGUUUCAGGGAGAGCUGUUGAAAGAGGAAUGAGUUCUACUUUUAUCUGCUUUUCCUCUAGUUUUUAGUGAUUGGUGACCUGCUGGAGGUGGCUCAUCUGAACUGAAGAACUUGAGUAGCUUCAACCUGCAAUCAGCAAGUCCAACUAUUUGCCCGUAGUGCUGCCAUAAUCCUGAUAGUGUUUUUUUUACAGGAGUACAUACUGCACAUCUGUAGAUGAGAGUGUAGGGAUUAGAAUGAGAUAGGCAAUCAUUGCAAGUCUGCAGGUUUUCACUCACAAGCUAACACUAAAGCAAGUGAUUUCAGCCAGAGA